AUGAGGAGCAGGCACGUGAAUUUGCUGAUCGCGCUCGUUGCCGUCGUGCUCUUCAGUUUCUCCUGCUUCUGCAUCUCCAGGAUGACUCAAACCAGUAAUCAAUUAACUAAUUGUAGAAAUCACAUUUCUGAGUUUAAGGAAACUAUAUUACGUUUAAAAAACAAAACAGAAGUAAAUCGCCAAGAGCUGCUUGAAGUCAUCAGUGAAGUGACGUAUGAAACUCAAGAGAGAAAAAAUGCAUCAGCAAACUCAGUUAAGAAGAAAGUGAAUGCAUUGGAUGAGAAUGAAACAGUAUCUAAUGCAUUUGAAGUCUUAAAGUUCUUUUUCCCUCAUCUAAGGAAAGUGGACAGAAUUUAUCCUAAUGUAAUCAUUGGCAAAGAGAAAACAGGAGUUUCUUUUGCGCUGGGUAUUUCCACUGUUAGCAGAGGAAAUUAUAGUUACCUGAAGCAAACGCUGACCUCUGUCAUCUCCAGGAUGACUCUUGCAGAAGAGAAGGACUCUGUGGUGAUUGUGUCUAUCGCAGAUAGUAACGAAGACUAUUCACAAUAUGUGGUUGACAUGAUUACAAAAAAAUUCAAAAGGCAACUGACAUCUGGAUCCUUAGAAGUCAUUUCAAUACCUGCUUAUUUUUAUCCAAACAUAUCACAUGCCAUGCAAUCAACUGACGACUCAGCAAAAUUAGAGAGUUGGAGAAUCAAACAAGUAUUAGAUUUUUGUUUUUUGAUGCUGUAUGCCCAACCCAAAGCUAUGUAUUACUUGCAGCUAGAAGAUGAUAUCUUAGCUAACAGGAUGUACUUUACAAAAAUCACAGAUUUUGUACAUAACAUAACUUCAAAUAAUUGGUUUUAUAUUGAGUUUUCAGUACUUGGAUUUAUAGGAAAGCUGUUUAAAUCUGAGGACUUAACUGACUUCGUACGCUUUUUCUUAAUGUUCUACAAAGAUAAACCUAUAGACUUGCUCUUGGGGGACAUUUUUCAGGUAAAGAUGUGUAACCCAGGAGAAACUCUUAAAGAAUGUACAGAACGAAAUAAGCAUAUUCGCAUUCGAUAUAAACCUUCUCUUUUCCAGCAUGUGGGUAUACAGUCAUCAUUCCCUGGAAAAGAACAAUAUUUAAAAUCUCCAGGUUUCGCCCCCAUUCAGCUCCCAUCUUCCAUCCAAACAUCCAUCUCUGUUGUAGCUGUGGUCCAGUGGGUCUGGGCCACAGGAUUCCUCACGUCCCCUUUGUCAGUCCCCACUGCCCCGUCAGAUUUCUGUGUCUCGCCAACUCGCGAGCCAGAUCCAGGCGACGAUUGGCCGGUGGGGGCGGCGCGGCGCGUGGUCGCGAGAGGGCGCCAGACAGCGGGCGGCGGCAGUCGUAGCGCCCGGCUCGCCCAGCGGCGCCCCUCCGCGGCCGUUGAGCCCCUCGGAGCAGGUGCGCACGGCACGCGCCUCGCGCCGCCGCCUCCUCCCCGCGGGCGGCCGCACGCGCAUGCGCGGUUAGCAGUCGCUGCUGGGCAGCCGCCGGCGGGAUUGCUCUGGGGAGACGCGGGGACCGAGCGGCAGCGACUCUUACAUCUGAGCUGCCGCUGCCGAAAACGGGCCCGCAAGACUGGUACGUGCACAGUAGGCCACCUUCCCGCGUCCCUUUGCGCUCGGGCUGGGGUGAGGAACCCGAGUCCUGGCGUCUUCCCUCAGGGCGGGGGUUCAUGGACCGCACCCCUUUCUCUGGCGACCCGCCAGGAGGCACCGGCAGGGCCCCGUGAGGGGGUGGGGGCUGAGUUCGGGCGUGGGGUUGCAGCCGGCGAGGUUCUAGGGCGGGCGCUCCCGGCCUCGGGAGUAGGGAGGCUGGCCCGGGCGGCAGCGAGGGUGGAUGCCACCCCGGGGGCCGUUGGGUCCUCCAGAACUACUGUGUCCACCUGCUGCUCUGGGGCUGGCGCGGGGAAGGCCAGGGGUCCCCCUCAGCCCGGCCUGUCCCCGAGGGGUAAGGGGCCCCAGGGAGCCGAGUCCGUUAUCCCAGCGGUUGCCGUUUCAGCCCCGUUCCACGCUCGAGCCCCACUGCGCGCUCCCGAGGGAUGGAGAGGAGGCCCGGUCGCCUCUUGGCGCUGCUCACGCUCACGAAAACGCGAACUCAACCAAAAUUGGCUUAGCUUACGCGCUCCUCGCCUCUGUAAAGGCGAAGGGACCUAA